AUGCUCCUAUUGGACCGCAUGCACUGGGUCCCACGGCCCAGACAUCGACGAGACACAACUCCUCGAGAUAUACUACUAGGAGCACAUUAUUACGAUAUGAAGGAACAUAUCCUCAGAGCCAGCAGGAACAAAGCUAAACCACCAGAUGAUUACCCCAAUCAGAAGCUCUUCAUGGACCUCUCUGCCACGAAACUCGGCAGGCAAAGGGAUUUUGCACUAAUUGUGGAAAUCCUGAGAUCGAACGGCACACGAUACCGCUGGGGGUUUCCUACCAAGAUGCUGGUAAACAAAGAAGGGAGAAUAAUAUCCUUACUCUCCCCCGAAGAUGGUCUACCUAAGCUGAGAUCCUGGGGCCUUGAAAAUAUGCCGGAUGAACAAGCGGACACCCAGCACUGGAGAAUUAAGCUGGACUGGCACAAAACCCACAGCAAACGAUGA